AUGUCUGUGCAAGCUCAGCUGGAAUUGCAUCCUGCAAGUAGUUUGCUGUGGAAACGGCUAUUAAGCGCCGAGUCGAGCGACGAAGAGUUCACCACGGCGUACUACGCCACACAGUACGACGUGGAACACGGCCAUUUGGUGUGGGACCUGUACUAUAAACAUGUCUCGAAAACAAAGGACUCUCGUCAAUUGGACGAGCUGUGGCUCCAGCAGCUACAGAUCCCGAGUCUGAGCUACGACAGACUGUUGAGCGAGUACUCGGCGUUUGUUUCGAGCCAGUUUGCAGACAGUUACGCCGAAAAAAUGCAGGCUCUUGCCGAGGUAAAGAACAAGACCCUUCAGUUGAUAGACAAGCUGGAACGGUGGGAGCUCAAAAAGGACCCUGAAGACCCGGAUUUCUGGAUCGCGUACAUGACAGCCAUUAGGAAGCUGAAGAAUGUGGACAAGGUCACGAAAAAUCGGCUGGUCCAGACGACUUUCGAAAGAGCCGUGGCCGUCAAGGUCUGGCCGCAGGUUGUUUCGAGCUACUUGGAGUUUGGGUACGAGUACGACGAGUUUGCAGUUUGGAAACGCAUGGUGGCUAUCGACAAGACCAACGCGGAUCUGUGGAUUCACUUUGUGCGUUCGUCGCCGGCCCAGUUUGGCUCCGUCAGAAAGCUCUUCAACGAGUCUGGCCAGAGGCUGUUACCAGUGUUUUGCGAGAUCUUGCGCGUGGAGUACCAGCUGAUGAAAACAGACGCCAACACCGUCUUGCCGUGGCUCUUCGACGACGCCGGGCUAUACUUUGAGCAGGCCGUUUUGGAGCGCGACGUUUUCCACACCGUCGAGAAGCUGUGUGUGGAAAUCUUCGAGUCAUAUAUCGACGUUGACUACAUCCGGAAGAUACUGCUUGAGAGCCUGGUGGAGCAGUUUUCCGACCAGGUGGAGGUGUGGCUGUACUGCAUCGAGUUCGAAAAAAAACACGGCGACUACUCCUCGGUGGUGGAACUUUUCCGUGAUGCGGUUCAGACCGGGAGGCUGGACUGGCCCGAGCGGCUGAUCAGCGAGUGGCGCAGGUACGAGAUCCUGCACGGAAGUUUGGAGAGCUUGCAAGAGGUCGAGGAGCUGGACGUUCCAGAAAAGUCCAGCGAGCCGGAGCCAGAAGAGAAGAAAAGACCCGUUGAGGAGACGCCAGAGACAGAUCCGCCGGCCAAACGUGUCAAGACUGAGACCCGUGACAGGGAGAACCUGACGGUGCUUGUGUCGAACCUGGGCCAAGUCACGGAGUCUGAGCUGGUGGACUUCUUUGGCCAACUAGGCCAGAUCCGCAGCACGCACAUGUUCAACGACAAAGCGACGCUGGAGUUUGCGGACGAGCAGAGCGUUUUGGCUGCUGUGCGGAAGAACGGCGCAGCGAUAAACGGCCAGUCUGUGGAAGUUACUCAUUUGCAAAGAAACACCGUCUGGGUGACAAACUAUCCGCCAGAGUUCACGGCGGAGCAGCUCAAGGCCCUUUUUGGGCAGUACGGGGAGGUGAUGGAGGUUCGCCUGCCGUCGCUGAAGAGCAACGUGAGUCGUCGGUUCUGCUAUGUCGCGUACUUCUCAGAGUCGGCUGCCAGCAACGCGGUUGCACAGCUUGACGGCAAACCAUUGACAGAACAGCCCGAGUACAAACUGACGGUGAAGAUCUCCAACCCACAGGCACGGCAGGAGCGCAAGGGCGCGCUCGACGAGGGCAGACAGCUGUAUGUGAGCGAUCUGGAUUUCUACAAGGUGGACGAGGAGCGGCUGACACAGGAGUUCGGCCGGUACGGCGAGCUGGAGCAGGUCAAGGUGCCUGUGAAGCCGGGACACGAGAAACGGCCGAAACUGAACAACGGGUUUGCGUUUGUGUCUUUCGUAGCGAGCUCGGACGCGCACCGGGCGCUGGAACUGAAUGGGAAGCUGCUUUUUGGCCGGCCCAUGCGGGUGGAGCUGGCCACCGCGCGCAAGAAAAAGGUGGCUCUUGUUGGGUCUGGUCGCUUCGACAAGCAGCGCACGAUCUCUGUGCUAGGACUGGACGACAAGAUCACGUCGCAGAGCCUGAAGGCCGUGUUUGAGGAGCUGGGCACGGUGACCCAGGUGGAGCUGCAACCAGAACACCACGCCGCGCUGGUGGAGUUCGAGACGGUGCGCAGCUCCGGGCUGGCCGACUUCAAGUUCAACGGCCGCCAAAUCGGCGACUCGGUCGUGAAGAUCGGCACGUUCCAGGACCUGCUCCGGCGUAAAAGAAAUACCGGGGAUCAGCUUGACAGAUUCAGACCCAGCAACGCGCACAACGCUGUACACGUCCAGCACGUUCAGGGCCUCGGCCAGAAAGAUUAUCUGCGACGUCUCGUGCACGGUGGCCAGACUUAUAGAGCUGUUGGACUCCAGCCACGUCAGCAGCGUCGUUUGGAACUGUUUGCUGAACGACUUGACAAACAGAUAGAUCUCGGACGUGAUUCUGUCGCCAAACGAGCUGAUCAGCGUCAGAACCGUGGACAGCAGACCCUCCACCCACAGAUGGUGCAAAUGGGCCGUUGCAGCAGAAACUGGCGAAAUGCCGCCCCGCUGGAUCUGUACAGAGAUCUGCGAGUCGAUCAGAACCAUGAAAAGACCUUCGCCAAGCAUCUUCUCGGCUAUCACCUUCACACGGACCAGUUCGUUGAAGAUCUUGAGCGCGACAGCGAGCUCCAAAUCGCGUGGCAGGUGGUGGCUCAGCAAAGACCCCAGAAUGUUCACCAGCAAAGUGAUGUCGUCUGCCUGUUUGCAGAUCAGCAACGAGCCGCCGUAGUCCUCUUUCCGCGAAGACAUAACCUCCGUCUGGAUGGACUUGAAGAUGGUUUUCAGCGACUUGGAGAUGAUCGUGGUGAAAAUAUCGGCAAAGGUAGCUCCGUACUCCACAAACAACAUGGUGUCGUCCUUGAUCAUGUUCAGGGCGAUCAGCAACGUCCGGAGCAAUGGACGGUAGUUCUGGACCUCAAACGUGAACAGGCCGCUGGUAAGGUUGAUGUCGUCGGAAAGCAGUAG